GAGCAGAGCUGUUCUUCCCCAGCGUGCAGCAGAGUGAUGGAGGCGUGUACGUGUGCACGUGCAAAGACAACCGCAGCACCAACCGCAGCCGGGCGGAGAUCGUGGUCACAAGUGUUCCCUCUAAAGCCAUCCAGGUGACCGUGGAGGAGCCUCAGUCUCAGACCGUCCGGCUGGGGGCCACCGUCAGCUUCAUCUGCACUGCCACGAGCAAGUCUCCGGCCUACACCCUGGUCUGGACCCGGAAAGGAAACGGGAAGCUUCCCACUCGAGCGAUGGACUUCAACGGGAUCCUGACGGUCCAGAACGUGCAGCCGGAGGACGCUGGCGUCUACGUCUGCACCGGGUCCAACAUGUUCGCCAUGGACGAGGGCACCGCCGUCCUCUACGUGCCAGGUUCGUGAUCCACGGCACAACAUUACCCAUCAGCCCCUGCUCUGGCUCCCCCCCCUCUCUUCCAGCUUGCAGUGGUGCAUGCCAUGCUUUCUGUUUUCCUGCAUUAGAACCCUUUAGAUCAACACGCUUCUAACCGCCACGCUUCUGCUCACGUAUCAAACUACGCUUUCUAACUCGUUUCAUGCAUUUCCUGGACUUUCUAUGAAGAAAUACAGCUUGUGGGUUUAACUCAAACUAAAACGAUAUUACAGAACAACAUCUCCAGAUGACAUAAGGAGGUUUUAAAGGUCUCCUAUCAUGCAAGUCACAAAGUGUAAAAAACAAACCCUCUCUCUUUUCCUCCGUACUGAAAUCUCUAAAAACGGGCUAUUAUACUAUACGCCUAAAAACAGCAUGAUAGCAGAUCUUUAAAUCUAAGCGUCAGGUCACAUGAGCUCUCUGGGGUCCGUGAUUGGCUCCUGCAGAUUUCCCCUCUUUAUAUUGAAAUCCCUCGGUGGUGGUGGUGUGGUGGCUUCUUCCUGGUCUUUGGAGGUUUUUACUAGCAGGGUGUUAGCUUUGGGGUCUUUAUCUCCACCUCAACCCCCCCCCCCUGCCAGAGCUGUAGUGAUGGGGAGGAAACUGGACAACGACUGGCGUUCAGAAAGGACUUGGACACGCAGGAGGAACCACAUGUUCUAUAUCUCAUGGUGCUACAGUCUGUAAACCUGAAUCACAUUUCUAAUUAUUGUUAUUUCCGUUAGCGUCAUGUUUGGUAGAAUAUUUAACAUCUGACUUCAAAAGAAAAAGGGAGUUUUUUAUACCUAUUGUUUCGAUAAUAACCACUUUUGUAUAUUAUGGUCUUCUUAUUUACAUCUUGUCAUUGUUUUUCUUUUUUAUAUUUGUAAUGACUGAAAUAUGUACCCUGAAUGUCUCACAGUGAACCACGUGUUGUUGUUCCAUGGGGAUUGGCCAUGACGAUGCAUAGCGUGAUGUUUUUAUAAGAACAUAUUUUUAUAUAUCUCUUUAAUCACAUUGACUUUACAAUGACUGCAUUAUGUUUACUUGAUUGAAAAUAAAACCCAAAGGUGCUUCUGUAAAGAUUUUCAUUUGAUUUAGAAAGGACGUCCGCCUGAUGUAAUGCACACCUGUAUUUAUCUUAACUGUGAAAGUAUGUUGUGAAAAAUGGAUUAAAGUAAUG